UAUAGUUAGGGACGUCCCACUGGAGCUGCUUGCUCAGCCUGGGCUCUGUGUGCGUCUGUUGUCCCAGCUAAGCCUCACUGCUCUGGGGCUGCGAGGGGAACUCUAGCCCCCUGCUUCAGGCCUGCUCUGCCGGAGUCCCAGAGAAGCAGAGGCAGGUGUGCUGCUGCUCCUUCUCAGACACACCGAGCUCACUCUCCUUCAUUACUCUUGCAUGGAGCCGAGCGGCUGCGGAGGUGAGGCAGCAUGAAGACAAGGACAAAAUGGUGUUUGCUAGCACUGGGUUUCGGACUGGGCCUGUCCCAGUACCACUCCCGCACCCACCAUGGAGGAUCGAUUGUCCAUCUGUUUGAAUGGCGCUGGUCAGAUAUCGCUGAUGAAUGUGAGAGAUAUUUGGCACCCAAUGGUUUUCAUGGAGUUCAGAUUUCUCCUCCCAGUGAGCAUAUUGUAGUUUCCAAACCACGCCGGCCGUGGUGGGAGCGCUACCAGCCUGUCAGCUACAAUCUGUGCUCCAGAUCCGGGACAGAACACGAGCUCCGGGACAUGAUCAGCAGAUGCAACGAUGUUGGGGUGAAGAUCUACGCCGACGUCGUCAUCAAUCACAUGUGCAUGGCGGACGCAGGGGAGGGCAGCCGCUCGACCUGUGGCUCAUACUUCAAUGCCAGCCGAGAGGAGUUCCCAUCUGUGCCCUAUUCCACCGCCGACUUCAACGAUGAUAAAUGCACCAGCGGCAGCGGAAAUAUUGAGAAUUACCAAGACAUUUAUCAGGUGCGCAACUGCCGUCUACUCGGCCUCCUUGAUUUGGCCCAGGAUAGGGAACAAGUCCGUGGGAAAAUUGUGGACUACUUGAACACUCUGGUGGACAUGGGUGUGGCCGGCUUUCGAGUGGAUGCUUGUAAACACAUGUGGCCACAUGACCUGAAGGUCAUAUAUGGAAGGCUCCACAACCUCAACCCGAAGUGGUUCCCCAAAGGCUCCAGACCGCUCAUUUACCAAGAAGUCAUUGAUCUGGGGGAUGAGCCCAUUAAAGCUAGUGAAUACUACCAACUUGGCCGUGUUACCGAAUUCAAGUAUGGCGCUAUGCUGGGUUCUGUCUUUCGCAAAUGGAAUGGAUACAAGCUAUCUGACCUCAGUCCUGUGCUUUUCAGGUCCUGGGGCGAAGGAUGGGGAUUGAUGCCUUCUGACAAAGCCCUGGUGUUUGUAGAUAACCAUGACAACCAGAGAGGUCAUGGAGCAGGUGGGGCAUCCAUCCUCACCUUCUGGGAACCCAGGCUGUACAAAAUGGCUGUGGCGUUCAUGCUAGCCCAUCCCUAUGGCAUGGCCAGAGUGAUGUCAAGCUACCGUUGGGAUCGGCACAUUGUGAAAGGAAAAGAUGAGAAUGAUUGGGUCGGACCCCCUAGUUAUCCUGAUGGCACCACUAAGCCAGUUCCGAUCACUCCUGAUGGCGGCUGUGGAGACGGCUGGGUCUGUGAACACCGCUGGCCUCAGAUCAGGAACAUGGUCGCCUUCCGCAACAUAGUGAGCGGGCAGCCUUUAUGUAAUUGGUGGGACAAUGGAAGCAACCAGAUUGCAUUUGGACGAGGUGAUCGUGGCUUCAUAGUCAUCAAUAAUGAUGAUUGUUUUUUAGAUGCCACCCUAAAUACUGGUCUGACCGCUGGAACGUACUGUGACGUCAUCUCUGGCCAGAAGAUGGGUGACCGAUGUACUGGAAAGCAGGUCACUGUGGACAGCAGAGGGAGAGCGCACUUCAGAAUCAGCAACAUGGAUCAGGAUCCUUUUAUUGCUAUUCAUAGAAACUCCAGACUGUGAACUGGUAUUUAAACUGAAUUAUUUCUGUACACAUAAACUCCAAGCUGUGAUCUGGUAAUAAAACUAAAUUAUUCAUAUUCACAAAUAAUUAAAACUCUAAUCUGGUAAUAAAAAUGAACUAUUUCUGUUCACACAAAAGUCAAACUAUAGCCUGGUAAUGAAACUGAAUUAUUUCUAUUCACACAAAGUCUAAACUGUGAACUGGUAAUGGAACUGAAUUAUUUCUAUUCAUACAAAGUCUAAACUGUGAUCUGGCUGGUAAUAAAACUGAAUUCUUUCUAUUCACACACCCUCAAAACUGUGAUCUGGUAAUUAAAAUAAAUGAUUUCUAUUCACACACAUCCAGAACUGUAACCUGGUAAUGAAACUGAAUUAUUUCUAUUUACAUCAAACUCCAAACUGUGAUAUGAUAAUUAAAAAAAUCUUAAAAAUUAAAUGUAUUUAGCUGUAGUUUUCCUUGUUGCUGACAAUAUAUGUGCCAGAUUUCAUUUUCAUUAGGCUAAAUCUGAAUUUUAGAAUUUUUUAGAAGAUCAGAGAAAAAAGACUUCAUAACGUUGUUCUGUAAAGGGAUUUAAUUCUUAGACAUGAUAUUAAAAUGAGUUCAACUGAACAGACGUUCUCACUGCAGGUUUGUAAUUAUUUAUAUUUUUUAAUUGCUUGAAGAAAUAAGUAGUGUUUAUAAUUAAUAUAUAUUAUAAUAAUAUUUGUGAUUGGCUGAGAGGUGUCAGUCAUGUUGCAAAUGGUCAAUUGUGUUUGAGCUUGUAAAUGUUGCAUGCCCACCGCGUAGCUUCAGUGUGGUAUUUAUGAGUGGACACAGUGUGAAUUCCAUACCUCAUGAAGUCAUCAUGAAAUAAUUUCAUUUUAUCUUUGCAGAUAUGAAGACAUGCAUUAUAUAUGAUUCUGUAAAUGCACUGCAGAAUUAUAAUGUAUGAGUGUCAUUUUAGACAUGCACUGAUUUCCUGUACAUGUUUUUGUUGAACUGCUGUGCUUUUAGAGAGAGGAAACCACUGAGAUUAUUGUAGCUAUCAAAAGUUGUACGAAGUCCCAUUAAAGAAAUCCUCCGUAUGUAAUCA